AUGCCGGGCACGACGGAGCCUAGACGGUAUUUGCAGAGCUCUGAUGGCUUCAUUGGGCUAUCCGGUGCUCCAAACAAGCGACUUGACACCAACAGAAGCUUCUGUGAUCUGCUACCAAAGUAUCUGUCUUAUAUCCCACUCUUCGUCUUUUUGUAUAAGAAGGCGGCCGACAGAGUGGGAAGAGGAGAGCUCAUUGCCGAAAUUUGCUCCGUGUUUGAAGAGGUAAUGCAGCAAAUUUUCAGUCCCACAGAUCAGGACACCGUGAUUGUCGGCCUUGAAGCCAACCCGGUUGCUAAAACCGGGAACGGCAUUGUGAAUCGAAUCUUCCUUCUCGCGUUGAUUAGCCUAACACAUCCCUGGCAGGUUCAUCUGGGCGUGAUCGGGGAGGAAUUUCUCGAACGAGUAUGCGAUGGUCAUCUUUGA